GAAUUCUGAUUGAGUUACUUAAAUUCUACGUGGCAGUUUGAGGCCACCAAAAUAGUAUUUAAGGAACCCAACUAGCAACCAUGCAUCAGAGAUGCUCUAAGAGAAAUAAGAGUGUCAAGAAGUCAAGAUAUCAGCAAAAAUGGUUAAACACUUCAGCCAGCCCAGCACCAUAAACAUGGUCCCCAUCUAUAUUCCUCACAGCCAACCUCACCCGUCCGAUGUGAAAACAAAUCCAACGGUCCAAAACCCUCCACGAUCUCACCCAUCAACCUUUGAUUAAGAAAACUCGACAUGGCUCACAUUGCUCCACGAUCACUAUUUCUCCAUCGUCAGAUCUUAACCAGAUCCAACGGCCACCAUUGCGCAUAGAAGCACCAAACAUGGCAGCGGGAACAACUGAAAAAGAGAGACAGAGACACACAGUUGAGCUGGCUAAGACUUCGCAGAGAGAAAAUGGAUCAGCAUGGUGGAGUUGCAACUGGGUCGCAUGAAAGAAACGAACUUGUUCGAGUUAGACACGGUUCUGAUCAUGGGUCCAAACCCGUAAAGAAUUUGAAUGGUCAAAUCUGUCAAAUAUGUGGCGAAACUGUUGGCCUAACAGCCAACGGCGAUAUCUUCGUUGCUUGCCAUGAGUGUGCUUUCCAACUUUGUCAUCCUUGUUAUGAAUACGAGAGAAAUAAUGUGAGCCCAUACUGUCCCCAGUGCAAGACUAGAUACGAAAGUCACAAAGAGAGUUCUCAAAUGGAGGGAGAUGAUGAUGAUGAUGAUGAUGAAGAUGAUGUCGAUGAUCUAGAGAAUGAGGUCAAGUAUGGUCAAGGAAAUAGAAUGAAGGCAAGGCUUCAAUGGGAAGAAGAUGCUGACCUCUCUUCAUCUUCUGGACAUGAUUCUCAAAUGCAAAAUCCUCAUCUGACAAAUGGGCAGCUGAUGUCUGGUGAGAAUCUAUGUGCUACUACAUCAGGUCCUAUGGGUCAAUCCAAAAAGGUUCAGUCACUUCCAUAUGUUGAUCCAAAGCAACCAGGUCUUGAGAGUGAUGAGGAGAUCAGAAGAGUACCGGAGUUUGGAGGUGAGUCUGCUGCCACUUCAGCUUCUCGUCCUGACACUGGUUCAAAUCCUGGUCCAGAGCGUGUUCAGGGAGCAGGGGAGGGUCAAAAGAAGAGAGGGAGAAGCUCAGCAGACAAAGAGAGCAAGCGGUUGAAGAGGCUACUGAGGAACAGAGUUUCAGCUCAGCAAGCAAGGGAGAGGAAAAAGGCAUACUUGACUGAUUUGGAAACAAAAGUCAAAGACUUAGAGACGAAUAAUUCAGAGCUCAAAGAGAGACUUUCCACUUUGCAGAAUGAGAAUCAAAUGCUAAGACAGAUAUUGAAGAACACUACAGCAAGCAGGAGAGGGAGCAAUGGUGGUACCAAUAAUGCUGAAUGAACUUAUCACAAAAAUGGCAGAGGAAACUUAGAACUGGAGUAAAUAUGGAGAGAGUAAAUUAAAUUAGCAAAGAAAAAAAAAGAAGUUAAUUAAUUUUGAUGAUUUUUUGUAGGGGUGAAUGUGGAUAUCAUGAAGUAAAGGAUGAACUAUAAGACAUGCUUUUAUACUAAAAUAGUGUGUUCUUAUGUCAAAUUUAAUUGUUUAUAUA